CUCGUCAGCAACAGCAGCAGCAACGUUACAUUGACCACAGACAACAACUGAGCCAGGACCACAGCAUCACACCGCGGUCGCACAAUGCAAUACAUCCGGUUCCUCAAGGCGCCCCGCUUCAGCGGGAACACGAUAUCCGCGCUUAUAACGAUCACCUCGGAUCUGGGCGAGUCGUUCAUGCACCGGGACAGCGUCGUUAUUGGCACGGUGCGUUACAAGGACGGCGGUGGGGCCGCAAUCGCAAGGAAGGAGUUUACCUGGAAGGCUGGCAUGCGGUCGCUCAAGGUUGAGAUUCCGGUGCGAGCUGGCGCGGCGAGGGGCGAGCCUGUUGUGCUCCAGGUUUCCACGAGUGACAGCGCCACGGUGGAUCCGCUUCUGGGGUCCGGAAUCAAUAUCAUGUCCGUCUGGAGCUCGCCGUUCGUCCUUAAGGCCGGCGAGGUUGGGGAGCGGGAACUGGUGGAACGGAGAUUGAACAUUGGAAGAAAGAUGCAUCUGAGCGUGUGGGAGGAGACAAAGAACAGCAUUGCCCUGCAUAUCUGGGACGCCGGCGUGGCUUUGGUUGCUCACAUGGCCCGAGUGCUGUCGAGUACGCGCAAGCCUGACGGCCCGCAGCUGGGUGCACUCGACACGCUGCUUCAGGGCAGCCAACGCAUCAACGUGCUGGAGUUAGGCAGUGGCUGCGGCAUAGUCGGCCUGGCACUCUCCCAGCUGCGACCCAACAGCCACGUCGUCCUGAGCGAUCUACCACUGGCGUCCGAAAUCAGCGCCAAAAACAUCUCGUCGCACACGGAGAUCUCGUUCUGCGCGCUCGACUGGGAUCUGCCCAUCCCGCUGGACAUCGCAGCGCAGCGCUUCGACCUCAUCCUGGUGGCCGACUGCAUGUACAACGUCGAUGCGGCGCCGGCCCUGGUAAACGUCAUCACUACACUCCUGAGGGUGAGUCCGCGCGCGCUGCUCACCGUCGCUCAUAAGCAUAGACAUGAGAGCGAGGAACGGUUCCGCAGCCUGCUGGAAGUGUUCGGAAUAGUGCAGGUGGAUCAGGCGCUCGUUGCACUGGGCGAGGAGGACGACGAGCUCGAGACCAGUGAGAUCGAGCUGUACACAAUGCAGCUCAAUCCGGAGGCUGGCGGGUAAUCGACGGGUACCGUACUUCAUGCUGUGCCACUGAGAAGCGGAGAUUAGUUACGCUGUCCACACGGAACAUCGUAUAUAUCGCGGGACUGCGUCUGACAUCUGUACUAUGUAGUCUUCCGCAAGUGCAACUAUGAAUAUACCAUUGCAUGUGAAGCGUUCGGCGGU